AUGGCAAUGGUAAGAGAAAGAGAAGAUUACACUCAAGAUGGCACAGUGGACCUUAAAGGCAGACCAGUUUUAAGAUCAAAUACAGGAACAUGGAGGGCUUGUUCCUUCAUAGUAGGAUAUGAAAUGAUUGAAAGAAUGGCAUACUAUGGGAUAGCAUCAAAUCUAGUCUUGUAUCUGACAAAGAAGCUCCAUGAAGGUACUGUCAAAUCUUCAAACCAUGUCACCAACUGGGCAGGUACAGUUUGGAUCAUGCCAGCAGCUGGAGCUUACACAGCCGACGCCUAUCUUGGCCGAUAUUGGACCUUUGUCAUAUCAUCCGCCAUUUACUUUUUGGGAAUGUGCUUAUUGACUCUAACAGUAUCACUACCAACGCUAAGACCACCACCGUGUGCUACUGGUAUAGCAGACAAGGAUUGCCAGAGAGCCUCAUCAUUACAAAUUGGUAUUUUCUUCUUUGCUUUGUACAUCAUUGCAGCCGGCACAGGAGGGACUAAGCCCAACAUUUCAACCAUUGGAGCAGACCAAUUUGAUGAGUUUGAGCCUAAAGAGAGAUCCCAAAAACUUUCCUUUUACAACUGGUGGGUGUUUUAUAUCUUAAUUGGAACCAUUUUCGCACAAACGGUAUUGGUUUACAUUCAAGACAAUGUUGGUUUUUCACUUGGUUAUGGGAUUCCAACCAUUGGACUUGGUGUUUCCAUAUUGAUAUUUGUGUUAGGAACUCCACUUUAUAGACAUAGAUUACCCUCUGGAAGCCCUUUAACAAGAAUGGUUCAAGUCUUUGUGGCUUCUAUGAGAAAGUGGAAAGUAAAUGUCCCAAUUGAUUUAAAAGAGCUACAUGAGGUGACCUUGGAAGAGUAUACUAGUAGAGGAAGGUUUAGAAUUAAUCACAGCUCCUCAAUGAGAUUCCUUGACAAAGCUGCAGUGAAGACUGACCAAACUUCACCAUGGAUGCUUUGUACUGUGACACAGAUUGAAGAAACCAAACAAAUGGCCAAAAUGAUACCUAUAUUGAUUACAACAUGUAUACCAAGCAUAAUUAUAGCUCAAACAACCACACUCUUCAUAAAACAAGGCACAACUCUAGAUAGGAGUAUAGGACCUCAUUUUGAAAUCCCUCCAGCAUGUCUAAUAGCAUUUGUAAAUAUCUUCAUGUUGAUAAGCGUUGUAAUCUACGACCGCGUUUUUGUUCCUGCAAUCCGACGAUACACAAAGAAUCCGAGAGGGAUCACAAUGCUACAAAGACUAGGAAUCGGCCUUGUGAUGCAUGUCAUCAUAAUGGUUGUCGCGUGCCUUAUCGAAAGAAAGAGACUCAACGUUGCUAGAGAAAACAGCCUCUUGGGCGCGCUCGAUACAGUCCCUCUUACUAUUUUCAUUCUCGUCCCUCAAUUCGCUUUAACGGGGAUUGCAGAUACAUUUGUGGAUGUUGCUAAGCUAGAAUUCUUUUAUGAUCAAGCACCUGAAGCCAUGAAAAGUCUUGGAACUUCAUACUUCACAACAACAUUGAGCAUUGGAAACUUUUUGAGUACAUUUCUUCUAUCAAGUGUUGCUUAUUUCACAAGUAAAGAUGGUCAUAAGGGUUGGAUUUUGGAUAAUCUAAAUGUGUCUCAUUUAGAUUAUUAUUAUGCUUUUUUGGGCUUGUUGAGUUUGGUCAAUUUCAUUUGCUUCUUUGUUGUUGCCAAAUUGUUUGUAUAUAAUGAUGAUGUAACACAAACCAAAACAUUAGACUUUGAGAUGAACCCUGCUUCAUCUCACAGUUAG